AGGAAGCACCUUCUUGCGCCCAAACUGCGUUUCCAUGAACCAAAUGGAACCAACGGUCUCCUUCUUCUUCUUCAUUCAUCUCUCAAUCCCCCUGUCCUCUUGGCUGCUCCAACUUUCCAUUCCCAACUCUCAACUUAUCUAACGUACGCCCUAUCACCACAACACCACAACACCACAGGAGCAUCAACACCAUGAUUCGCUCCAGCUCCUCCACACCUAUUCCCCGCACUCUACCCUUACUUCCCCUCCACGACAAGGUACUCUUGCCUGGAGUUGUCACCCGGAUGCAAAUCUCCCGACGGGAUUCCAUCCCUCUGUUCGAAAAACUCCUCCGCACAGUCGAUAGCAGAGACCUGAACAAGUGCAUCAUCGGUGCCUUCCCUGUCCGUAUUUCCUCAGCAUCAGCCUCCCCCACUUCUCCAACUAAAGUGUCACCCGCGUCCGACAACGGUGACACAAGGAAUGGGAAGGGUGGCAAACCCGAGUUCGUCAUCCCGGGGCCCUCGCCUGUGUAUCCGGUACCAAGCAAGGGAGACGGUCAGCUUGUGAGAAUCGGGGGCUCUCUGGACCCCGCCGACAUCCACUCGACCGGCUGCGCGGCUCGGCUUGUCAGAUUGGAGCGUGCAGUUGGCGGCUUUACCGUUGUUCUGGAAGGUCUGGUUCGUCUCCGCUUGAACAAGAUCAUAUCCCAGUCGCCCUUUUUCGAGGCUGAAGUUACACCUUUGCCCGACAAGGCCGUCGAUAGGUCCGAUCAAACGCUGCAAGACCAAAUCGUGAUUCUGAGAUCAACAUCGCGGGAAUUCGUAUCCCUCUUGCAGACUCUCAAGCUGCCUGCACCUGUCUUGACACAGUUGCAAAAGUUCCUCGACAAUGUGACGGUCAUCCCUGGCCAGGUUGUUGAUCUACUGAUGAGCACGAUUGAAAGCACGAUCGAGGAGAAGAUCAUAAUUCUUGACGCUGUCGAUCUCAAGGAGCGAAUCGCAAAGGCAGUGGAGCUCUUGACCAGACAGAUUCACGUGCUGAAGAUUUCACAAAAGGUCCACGAUAAUGUCGAAGGAAAGCUGAACAAGAAGCAACGCGAGUUCUACCUUCGUGAACAAUUGGCAGCAAUCAAGGAGGAGCUCGGCGAGAAGGACACGGGCGAUGACGACGAAAUGACAAUCAUUGAGAAGCGACUUGCUGCAGCCAACUUGCCUCCCGAUGUCCAAAAGGCUGCUGAUCGAGAGCUGAAGCGAUUGAAAAAGAUGCAGCCAUCCUCGUCCGAGUAUUCUGUUAUCAGAAAUUACUUGGACUGGCUUGGCGAUUUGCCCUGGUCAAAGUCGAGCGAAGAUAUCUUGGAUGUCGAACGAGCGAGAAAGCAGUUGAACGAUGACCAUCAUGGAUUGGAAAAGGUCAAGCGCAGGAUUUUGGAGUACCUGGCUGUCGCCAAGCUACAGCAGCUGAAAGGCGAUGUCCGAGGACCCAUCCUUUGUCUGGUUGGCCCACCUGGAGUUGGAAAGACAUCACUGGGAAGAUCGAUUGCUACGGCUAUGGGCAGGAAAUUCCAUCGAAUCUCUCUGGGUGGAGUGUGGGACGAGUCCGAGAUCCGAGGCCAUCGUCGUACAUAUGUCGGCGCCCUACCUGGCCUUAUAAUUCACGGGUUAAAGAAGUGCGAGGUCAACAACCCCGUCUUUCUUCUUGACGAAAUCGAUAAAGUAGGGUCCAGGGGCCAUCAUGGAGAUCCCUCGGCCGCAUUCCUGGAAGUCCUUGAUCCUGAACAGAACAGCACCUUUACCGAUCAUUACCUGAACGUUCCAUUCGACCUGUCCAAGGUUCUAUUCAUCGCCACUGCCAACUCUAUAGACACCAUCCCUGCACCACUCUUGGACAGAAUGGAACUCAUUACCAUUCCUGGAUAUACCUAUGCUGAGAAACUGGCGAUUGCCACCAAUCACCUUUUGCCCAAACAGAUUCGGCAGCAUGGGCUCAGCGAGGAUGAUGUUCAGGUCACGCAGGAAGCCUUGCUCAAGGUCGCGACCGGGUACACACGCGAAAGUGGUGUUCGCCAUCUGGAGCGAGAAAUCGGAGCUCUUGUCCGCUCAAAGGCUGUCGAAUAUGCUGAGUAUCAGGAACGUAAGCAGUCUGGUACAACAGACAGCGCUGCUGAAUACCAGCCGCUGGUUACUUUGGCAGAUGUUGAAGACAUUUUGGGCCAGGAAAAAUUUGUGAACGAGGUCACGGAGAGAGUCGCCGUUCCAGGAGUUGUCACCGGCAUGGCGUACAAUGGCGUUGGUGGCGGAAUCAUGUUUAUUGAAGUCUCGCAGAUGCCUGGCAAGGGUCAUCUCCAACUUACAGGUAGUCUCGGAGAUGUGAUCAAGGAGAGUGCACAGAUCGCGCUGAGCUGGGUCAAGGGCCAUGGAUAUGAAAUCGGCCUAACCAAUAGUCCAGGCCAGAAUGUGAUGGAGAAGGCAGAUGUUCACAUCCAUAUGCCCAGUGGUGCAACUCCAAAGGAUGGACCUUCUGCUGGUAUCGCCAUGGUAUGCGCACUGGUCUCAAUGUUCUCCAAUAAGACUGUCCCCAGUACGACUGCCAUGACGGGCGAGUUCACGCUCCGUGGACUGGUUAUGCCUGUGGGAGGCAUCAAGGAGAAGGUCAUCGCUGCCCACCGCGCCGGCGUUCGCAAGAUUAUCAUGCCUCUUCGCAAUCAAAAGGAUGUUGCCUCGGAUGUACCCGCCAAUGUCCGUAGCGAUAUCGAGUUUUACUAUGCUUCAACUAUUUGGGAGGUGCUGCGCGAGGCUUUUGAAGGAAGAGCGCCUGUCCGGGGUGCUUCAGCAGCGGCUAGCAUCGAUAGUCGCUUGUAAACCAUAGAUUCACGCCGUAGUAAACGCGUUUAGACCUUACACGUGAUGUGACUUGGAAUAUAUGGGCGGACCUGGU